AUGGGUAACCAGCCAUCAAAGGACGGUACCAGCACACCGAGGCCCAACAGCUCUGCCGGCGCGGGCGACCGCAGCCCGGACGGCUUGCAGUCAUACCCCUCCUUCAGCAAGUCAGACACUAAGGACUCGACGAGGUCCUUCAAGACCCUCAGGUCCAAGAUUCCAGGUUCCUCGGCCAAGACCGACAGCCCGCGUAACUCCGCGCUGUUAUCUAAUGGCGACGCCGGCGACAAGUCUGAUGUUGGGUCGGUCAAGUCAGGCCGAAGCGGGCGCUUUUCUCGCAGCAGAUCCUCCGAUCCUGCCGUGUCUCCGACUUCCCCCUCGUCGAUCGAUACCGGCGUGACAUCUCCGCUAGACGAUGCGCAACCCCCGCCGUCCCCUAUACAGUCCGGAUCUGGCAUGUCGGGCAAACAUGAUGUCAGCGCUGCCCAAGCAUCUGGCGAGGUUGAUCACGUGUCCGACGCGCCUCCCUCAGGGGUGCCGGAUCCGAAUGGGGAGGCACAACAACCAGGCCAGUCGAUACUGGUCAGGCGCGACAACUCCGUCAACCCUAUCCACGGAGGCACGUCGUCGAGUCAAGAUCCCGCUGGAGGUGUGGCCAUGAGUGAGAUCAAAGAUAUCGACUUGGAUGAUUUCAUCAAGCGCCUACUAGAUGCCGGAUAUGCUGGCAAGGUGACCAAGAGUGUCUGCUUGAAGAACGCAGAGAUCGUGGCUAUUUGCCAGCGUGCCAGAGAAGUGCUUCUGGCCCAGCCUGCCCUGCUGGAAUUAGAUGCCCCGGUGAAAAUUGUCGGCGACGUUCACGGGCAGUACACGGAUCUAAUCCGUAUGUUCGAGAUGUGCGGCUUCCCGCCAUCUGCCAAUUUCCUCUUCCUAGGUGACUACGUCGACCGAGGUAAGCAAUCGCUUGAGACUAUUCUCUUGCUGCUCUGCUACAAGUUGAAGUUCCCCGAGAACUUCUUUCUUCUUCGCGGCAAUCAUGAGUGCGCCAACGUCACGCGUGUCUACGGUUUCUACGACGAGUGCAAGCGCAGAUGUAACGUCAAGAUCUGGAAGACGUUCAUUGACACAUUUAACACCCUUCCCAUUGCUGCUAUUGUCGCAGGGAAGAUCUUCUGCGUGCAUGGCGGUCUGUCGCCUGCGCUUAGGGACAUGGACGACAUCCGAAACAUUGCUCGACCAACCGACGUACCCGACUACGGGCUGCUGAACGACCUACUGUGGUCUGACCCAGCUGAUAUGGAUGCGGACUGGGAAGCGAAUGAAAGAGGUGUUAGCUACUGCUUUGGAAAGAAGGUCAUCACAGACUUCCUCACGACACAUGACUUCGACCUCGUUUGCCGUGCACACAUGGUUGUCGAAGAUGGGUACGAGUUUUUCACGGACAGAGUGCUAGUCACUGUAUUCAGCGCGCCAAACUAUUGCGGCGAAUUCGACAACUGGGGCGCUGUUAUGUCAGUCUCUUCUGAAUUGUUGUGUAGUUUUGAGCUUCUGAAGCCCCUAGACUCCAAUGCAUUAAAGAGCCAUAUCAAGAAGGGUCGGAACAAAAGACAGCAAAUGCUGAACAGUCCGCCUGCAAACGUGUAUCCCCAGAGUGUCUAG